AUGCUUCCAUUGUCUUUACUGCGUACAGCCCAGAAUCAUCCGAUGCUGGUGGAGUUGAAGAAUGGCGAAACAUACAACGGUCACCUCGUGAGUUGUGAUAAUUGGAUGAAUAUAAACCUUCGCGAAGUGAUUUGCACGUCGCGCGAUGGUGAUAAGUUCUGGAGGAUGCCGGAAUGCUAUAUUCGGGGUAGCACGAUAAAAUAUUUACGAAUACCUGACGAGGUUAUAGACAUGGUGAAAGAGGAGACCCAGGUGAAAGCGAGAGGCCGCAGCGAGGUCUCGAAAGGUCGCGGUGGUGGGCAAAAUAUGAGGACAGGCCGCGGUGGCAGUCGUGGCGCCUUCGGCAACCGUGGCAGACCAGCACCGCUGUCCAGAGGCGGCGGGAACACGGGGAGGAACCCGCAGAAUAAAAAUAAAAAG